AUGGGGGAUUUAUUGAUAGUCAAGUUACAGGUGAUUCUGAUCCCAGAACAGAUCAAGUCCGACAACCGGAAUACAACCUUUGAAUCUCGCUUGACUUUGAUCGCGUUGAUAGUGGAUUGUUCACUACUGCACUCCGUACUUGUUGCGGACCACAGAAAGCGGUUGCAAGCUCUCUCAAAGAAGGAAGGAAGGAAGGAAGGAGCAUCGCAGGUCGAGACUCAAGAGGCAGGUGCUACAAGGUCACGCUUUCUAUCACCUCAUCACAACUCCCGGUCGCCUUUCUCAGCUCACUCAACACCUCAGCAAGUCCCUAUUCCACUUCAACUUCCACUAUGGAGACACGCUAAACCAGGGAAGCAUGGCGUCGAUCUUCCAAAAUACAAACUAACAAACACUAACUUACCUAAGAUUAAUGUCCCCCCUCAAUACCAAUCGUUAGCGGUGCAGCAAGCGUCCCGUUCAGCCUGCUUGCGUUUGCGCGGACAAUCAGUUGUGGCUCCUUUCCUAACAGGAGCCGUCUCUGAAGCCGUUGCAACGCUAACCAAAGACACAUUGGCCCAGGAACAAUUUAAUACUGGCAUGCGGGAAAAACAACUGUCAGGGGCGCUAGAAUGGCCAACAAGCCAAUGUGAACUCUCGCCUCAAGCCACCGGAUAA